CUGGAUUCAAACACGAAACUACGUUAGCUGGUGGAGCCUGAAUACCCUGGUGGACUUGGGAGUAAGAUCCGACACUGGGAAACCAAACAGUUCCCCAGACAUUGCCAUUCUUCCCUUCUUGAGAGUUCCUGCGAACUGCCCCCGAACCUACAAGCUGAUGUCCUACGACCCCGAUGGUGACAGAGUCCGGUGCAGAUAUGGAAAUAUCCCAUAUUUAGAGUGUAUUAAUUGCAAUCUACCCCAAGGCUUCCACCUCGACCAGGACUCUUGCACCUUACAUUACCGAGGUGCCACCGCUGACCCAAGGGUGUUUGCCUUUGAGAUGGUGGUGGAAGAUUACCCGCGAGGGCACAUCGAUCUGUCCUACUCAGACGGCUCAAGGAGGCACAAGCAUCCGCUGCUCUCCAGGAGAAAGAGAUGGUCACCAUGGUGGUACUAUCAGUCGACUACACCCCCACCCCAGGCCCCGACCACAGGAUCUUGGCAUUGGUGGUGGCCAACGGCCACCUCCCCUGAAACCACGACCCCGCCCACAACUACGACCUCAUGGCAUCGGGGAUGGUGGCCUAGUACAACCUCCCCCGAAACUACGACCACAUCCAGCUCUACGGCCCCACCCACAACUACGACCACGCCCCCAUGGCAUUGGUGGUGGCCUAGUACAUCCUCUCCCACAACUACGACUACUUACCCACCCACAACUACGACUACUUACCCACCCACAACUACGACUACUUACCCACCCACAACUACGACUACUUACCCACCCACAACUACGACUACUUACCCACCCACAACUACGACUACUUACCCACCCACAACUACGACCUCCCCCACACCUUCCUCAAGUGCACCUUACGUCAACAGUCCUCCCCUCAGCAAACUACCACUGCAGUUCUCGUUACUUGUGGACCCGGACGCCCCGUCCUGCCAGGAGGGCGUCUACCUGCCCAGGUUUGUGUCUCCAACACCUGAGAACGGAGAGCACAUCCAGGCCGAGGUCAACAAAGAGACGGAGAUCAGAAUCAAAGCGGUGGCGACGCAUUCAGUCCUGCAGAACAUCAUCAUCAGCGGCCCGACCAACGUCUCCAAGAGCAGGAACACUCACGACGAGUUCGUCAUCAGAUGGACGCCGACCGUGGACGACCUCGGAGAUCAUUACCCAGUCUGCUUUGCGGUGGAAUCCUCUACAGGGUCCUAUCAAGGCGGUUCAUAUUCCCGCUUCCAUCGCCAUCGAUCCCCGACUUCUCAGUCUGGAAUCUAUCAGUCGGAAAUGAGGUGUGUUGUGCUGGACAUCAGGAAGAAGCAAAUCGAGGCCAGAGUGACCUGUGGUGACGCGUCAAUGACGGUGGAGGUGGAGAAAUCCUCCUUCUCCGGGAUCCAGGCGAGGCAGCUUCGCCUCAGCGACGCCAGCAACACGGCCUGCAACCUGGCGGCCCGGUCCAACUCCACCCACAUCAUCGCCACCGUCCCGCUCAACUCCUGCGGCACCCAGAUCGAGGAGGACGACGACUACAUCAUCUUCAAGAACGAGAUCUCCACGGGGGAGGACGUCGGCCAGCUGGUGACCCGGCACCACCUGCUGGAGGCCCGGUUCUACUGCCGCUACCCGCGGCGGGGCAACGCCAGCCUGGGCUUCACGGCCCACCGGCGGAACGUGACGGUGUGGGAGAAGGGCCUGGGCACCUUCACCUACCAGCUGGAGUUCUACCGGGACCCGGCCUUCCGGUCCCUGAUCCGGCCCGACUCGUACCCGCUGGAGUACGAGCUUGGCAGCCGCAUCUACCUGCAGCUGGACGCCUCGUCCUCGCUCAACAGCACGGUGAUGAUGGUGGACUCGUGCCGCGCCGCGCCCUACGACAACCCCAGCUACCGGCCCAGCUACUCCAUCAUCCAGAACGGGUGUGCGGUGGACCCCACGGUGCAGACCUACUCCCCCCCCGACCAGAACCAGUUCCAGUUCAGCAUGGAGGCCUUCAAGUUCAUCGGCAUGCAUGACCAGGUUUACAUCAGCUGCUCCGUCAUCAUGUGCGAGGCGGGGAACCCGAACACCCGCUGCUCCCAGGGGUGCCUGAACGCCUCGUGGCCCCAGGCUCACCGCCACCGCAGGGAGGCCCCGAUCGAGAGCGACGCCCACUUCGUUUCCCAGGGUCCUUUGCGGCUAAAGAGGUCGGCGGAGGCCUACGGAGCCCCAGGUCUCAACAUGAACCUGGUCCUCGUGGCUGGGUGUCUGCUCGCCGCCGUGGCGAUGAUCUGCGGCGUCAUCGUGUUCAAGGCCCGGAUGUCGAAGGUUCGAUACCAGCCGCUGCCUUCCAGCGAAGACUAGCGGAAAUACCUGCUGAAAUAAAUACCUGCUGAAAUAAAUACCUGCUGAAAUAAAUACCUGCUGAAAUAAAUACCUGCUGAAAUACCUGCUGCUGGAUUCUGAGGGUUUCUGUAUUUAUACCUAGGUGUUUAAACCAAUCAAUCCAUAAUAUCAUGUUAAAGAACAUAUACAUCUGCAUUUGUUUAACAAUAACAUAAUUCAACAUAAUUCUGUCAUGAUUUUUAAAUCAGUUUUUUUUGUAAUGCAUUUUGAUUAACUGUGUGACUUAAUGACUCAAUAAAACACUAAAAUGUA